GGGAAAGCUGAGACCGUGCUGAAGGAAAUGCACCAAUCGGGGGGUCCCCCGGGCAAACAACUGUCUGCUCCGGCCGGAAAACAAGUUGGUGCGCUUGGGACUGGGGACUAAGGAAGCCUUGCUCUGACUCGAACCCCGGAGUCCCUACUUCCCAGUCCGGGGACAUGCUCCGGACCCCAAAGCGGCAACUGCACUGACGCCCCCUCCUCAGGUCUUCCCCCCCCUCGGUGGGGCCGAGGCUCGAGGUCUGAGGGAGGAGCCGAAUGGAGCGGAGGAUGAAAGGCGGAUACGUGGACCAGCAAGUGCCAUACACCUUCUCCAGCAAAUCGCCCGGAAAUGGGAGUCUGAGCCGAGCUCUGAUGGUCACGCAGGGGAAACUCAUGGACCCUGGCUCCCUGCCGCCCCCGGAGUCAGAAGAUCUCUUCCAGGACUUGAGCCAAUUCCAGGAGACCUGGCUUACGGAAGCUCAGGUUCCCGACAGUGACGAGCAGUUUGUACCAGAUUUCCAUUCUGAAAACUUAGCUUUCCACAGUCCCACCACCAAGAUCAAGAAAGAGCCACAGAGCCCUCGGACAGACCCGACCCUGUCCUGCAGCCGAAAGCCGCCGCUCUCCUACCACCAUGGUGAGCAGUGCCUUUAUACCAGUGCCUAUGAUGCCCCCAGACAAGUUACCAUCAAGUCUCCCACACACAGUGCCCCAGGACAGUCACCUCUGCAGCACUUCCCCCGGGCAGAAAGGAGUUUCUUGAGACCCCCCGGGGCAGCCCCACCCAACCCCAGCCAUGGGUUCAUCAUGGAACAUAGCUCCAUUUUCCAGCAGCCCCCAGAGCUAUGCCACUCCUUCCCAUCCUCCCAAGGUGGGGGCGGAGAGCCCCCUGCAGCCUCCUACCAACCCCAGCUGUCGGAGCCCUGCCUGCCUUAUCCCCAACAGAACUUCAAACGGGAAUACCACGACCCCCUGUAUGAGCAGGCGGGUGGGGGUGGGGGCAGCAGCGGCGGCAGCGGGCACAGGUACCCAGGGGCAGGGGUUGUGAUCAAGCAGGAGCAGACAGACUUCGCCUAUGAUUCAGAUGUCCCUGGCUGUCAGUCCAUGUACCUCCAUGCAGAGGGAUUCCCUGGCCCCUCCCCAGGCGAUGGAACCAUGGGUUAUGGUUUUGAGAAGUCUCUUCGACCCUUCCCAGAGGAUGUCUGUGUGGUCCCAGAGAAAUUUGAAGGGGACAUCAAACAGGAAGGUCUAGGGGCAUUCCGGGAAGGGCCCCCCUACCAGCGCCGAGGCUCCCUACAGCUCUGGCAAUUCUUGGUAGCUCUGUUGGACGACCCAACCAAUGCCCACUUCAUUGCCUGGACAGGUCGAGGGAUGGAAUUCAAGCUCAUUGAGCCAGAAGAGGUCGCCCGGCUCUGGGGCAUUCAGAAGAAUCGUCCGGCCAUGAAUUAUGACAAGUUGAGCCGCUCACUUCGCUACUAUUAUGAGAAGGGGAUCAUGCAGAAGGUGGCCGGCGAACGCUACGUCUACAAGUUUGUGUGUGAGCCAGAGGCCCUCUUCUCUCUGGCCUUCCCAGACAAUCAACGCCCGACCCUCAAGUCUGAAUUCGACCGGCCAGUCAGCGAGGAGGACACAGUCCCCUUGUCUCACCUGGAUGACAGCCCUGCAUAUCUUCCAGAACUUGGAGGGCCUGUCCAACCUUAUGGGCCUAAGGGUGGCUACUCCUACUAGCCAAGAGCCCACAGACCCCCUGGUGGGGGCGGGGGACGCUACUCUAUGAUCACCCUCUUUGUACAUAUGGAUAAAUUUGGUGUUGGCAGGAACCCUUUAUUACCUUCUCUGACACUCCAGGAAACUUUGGGGGGGCAGUUCCCUAGCCCUGGUCAUCCCUUCUCCCUUUAUUUCCCCAAAUGAUAUGGACCCCACCCAUGGUGCUCACUCAAAUGGCUGGAAAGGGUGGGAAAAGAUCAUGUUCAUUAGUAGAAGGUUCUUUCACUUUUGCCCACUACCCAGAGUGCUCUACUCAGCCUCUGUCCAUUUUCUUCUAAAUGGGCCACCACCUCCCUUUUCCCCCAGUACAGAGAGCAAGGGUUUGCCCCUACCAGGUAGGUCAGGGGAAAGAGGGCUGACUCUCCCCACCACCUCCAACCCCAGUGGAUCCUUGAGGUUCAGAAAGCUCCCGUCACAUCCUAUAAAGAGAAGCAGAAGGCCUAGAUGUGCCCCCUUAUCCAAUGACCAAAUCCCCAGAUCACCUUUCCAUUCCCCACCCCCACCCCAGCCUCUUGGAUACACUGGGUCCCCUUGGGGUCAAUAAAAUGCUUUUUGAACUAAGGAA